UUUUGGCGCCCAAAACUUGCCGCCAAGAAAAGUACAAACGGGCCAAGAAAAUGGAUCCGACAGCAUUUUAUUGUCCGUCCAUUAAAAAACAGAGCAGACCAUGGUAUCGACUACCGGUACCGGUAGUAUCACCAGCUUCUUUGCUCCGAAGAAACGCAAAGAGAAAGAGGGCUCAGCAUCCUCUCCCUCCUCUACUGUUACUACUGAUGCUGAGCCUUCCUCAACGAACAAUACCAGUAAUGACUGCUCUGAAAUAAAUCCUUACAAGAGGGCCAAGAAAGAAGAGUCAAGCAAGAGCGUUGGCACCACAGACAACAAUAAUGGCGAGCAAGACCCUGUUUCUGUUCUUCUAACAUUUCUGGCUGCAUCAAGCACAGAAGAAGGAUGUUGGCGCGCUGCAUUGGACAAGCAUUUCACGUCAAAAAGCUUUGAGAAAUUGGCCAAGUUUGUGGCCAGUCAAAGGAAAUCUGCGACCGUCUACCCUCCUCCCGCUGAUGUGUUUUCCGCAUUGACGUUGACCCCGCUGCACCAAGUGAAGGUAGUAAUUGUGGGCCAGGAUCCGUACCAUGGUCCCAACCAAGGCCAUGGACUUUGUUUUUCUGUGCGCAAGGGAGUUGCUAUUCCUCCCAGCCUCAAAAAUAUUUACAAAGAGUUGCAGAACGACCCCAACGUGGACUUUAGUGGUGGCAUGCCCACUCACGGAUACUUGGAGCGAUGGACACGACAGGGUGUGCUGUUGUUGAACGCCGUUUUGACGGUGCGUCGCGGAGAAGCCAACAGCCACAAAGGCAAGGGUUGGGAAGCCGUCACGGACGAAAUUUUGCGUGUGCUGGCAAAGAAUCAUAAAAAAUCUGGUCAAGGAUUGGUGUACUUGUUAUGGGGUAAACCGGCCGCAAAGAAAAUUGAAACUGUCAUUGGGAGCAGUGGCAAGAAUCGCGUCAUUAUUUCAACAUCCCACCCUAGCCCACUAGGUGCUACAAAAACAAAUUCUCCCUUUUUGGGUAGCAAAUGUUUCAGUCGAGCCAAUGAAGCCCUUGUUGAGAUGGGCUUGGAACCCAUUGAUUGGAAUGUGGAUGGAGAGUUGGCUGGAAGUCGCAAGAAGAAGGAACAGGUGGAUGUUUAGCCAUUGUCAUGGAUCAUACAGAUUAUAGCGUGGCCUUUAUUUGUUUCC